CAGAUAUCACAGGAAAAUCCCAUUCACAAAAGGAUCAUGACAACUUUUUUCAAUAAGCUCUUCACGGGAGCCUCAUCAUCAUCGUCUGCAGCAGCUUCUUCUGGAAUGGAUCUUGGUAGUAUGGAGUCAUUGUGUGCUGCGAUCAAUGAGCUUUGCAGUGAAAAACAUGUUUCAGAGAAUGUUGGUGAACUGGCCGCUGGAAUUGUUCGUAAGAAUAAAGAGCUUUUCGAAAAGAAAUCGAACGAUGUUGAAGCAUUUUUGCUUCAUUGUAGUCCAAAUGUUGGUUCAGCUGCAAUGGUUGCUGCAAUUAAAGGAAUGUUUGAUACGUCGGCUGCAAAAAAUAAUGAAACUGGAACAGAUCGAGCUGUUGAGCUUCUCAAUCAUUAUGUUGAUGAGAAUAAUUUUGUUGGAGGACAUUUGAAGCUUGUACCUGAAAUUAUUUUCCCACUGCUCCGCGACGUCGGCUUAUAUUGUUUGGAAAAGAAGAAUAAACCAGAAAUAGGACAAAGAAUUAUCAUGAAAGCACUCGGAUCAAUGUUCCCAAGAAAUGGCUCAAAUGCUCCAAAUGUGCUCACUUCUGCACACGGUGUGCUCUUUGCGUGUGCUCUUGAAACAAAGGAUUAUGCAUCUGUUGAACCAUUUAUUGAUCUACAUGUUGAUGAGAUUGCAAAUGAGAAUUGUAUUCAAGAUCAGGAAAAGAGUGAUAAUAGAGAACGAGAUUUUGGAGAUGUUUUUCUUGGAAGAAUGAAGAAAGGCGCCGCAUUCGGUUCACAGCCAGUGGCACAUAAUCCUCAUCUUCAUCCAAAAUAUGUACUUGAUUAUCUCUACAAUGGAGCAUGUAUUCUCAUUGAGCUUAAACGUUUCGAAGAUGCUCUUUUCCUGCUCGAAAUUUGUGUCGGAAUGCCAGCGUUCUCGGUUCAGGAUCAACAUUUGGAUUCGUUCAAAAAAUAUGUGCUCAUUUCGCUAAUUCUGAAAGGAAAAGUGGACGUGACGGAAAACGGUGACAAAUCAGCGAUUCGUCACUUCAAAACCAAAAGUCCUGAAUACAAACAAUUCUCAGAGAUUCGGUUCUCCCGAAGUUCGAAUACCCAUUCAGCAGUGGAGAGUCUUGUGAAAUCGGCAAAAGAUCGUUUGAGAAAAGACGGAAAUACAGAAAUUGCCAAAUAUUUGGUCGUUGAAAUGAAGAAAAAGACAAUUAUGUCGCUGACAAGAAUGUUCACAUCAAUUCGGAUUUCUGAAAUUGAGGAGUUGGCAUUUUUGAAGUCACGGGAUCAAGUUACAGAGCUUAUUGGUCAAUUGGUUGAGGAGCAGAGGAUUACUGUACGAAUUGAUGGAGAUAUGGUCUUUUGGACUGAAUUGAGCCCUGUUCCAUCUAAAAAUGAUGUUGAGAAUAAGAUUAGAAUCGUCGAUCACCUGAACACUCUUCUUCACGAGAAAAACACUACUAUGAAAGCCGGUUCAGGACGUAUGAGACCAUCAGUUAUGUACAAUGAGGAUGAAGGAUUGAGCAUGCCACCAACUGAAUCUAAAUUUUUCUCCUAAAUUUCACACAUUUUCUCAUUCAUUUAUUUCCGGGUUUUUGUCCCUUUUUUUUUCGACGUUUUCGACAUCAAAAUAUUCAUUUUUCUCAUUAUUCCCGAAAACAUCAUUUGUUCUGAUCACUGCAAAAUGAACAUAUUUUAUAUUU